UGUUUGAAGCGAGCCUCGCUGUGUGAGAGAAGUUAUAGUAAUCAUGACGUUGAGGAGUUGUGUAUACGUCUUCCUGCUUUGCCUAGUUCAAAGUAAUGCGGUACAAGUGAAGAUUAGAGAGGGCAGGCUUCAGGGCUCGGUGAGGCAAACGCAGGCCUUGAACAAAACUUAUUACAGUUUCCAAGGUAUACCGUAUGCAAAACCACCUGUCGGCAAUCUACGAUUUAUGCCACCACAACCAGCAGAUCGUUGGACCGGGGUGAGAAAUGCAACCGAGCACGGCUCCGUCUGUCCCCAGUUCGAUAUAUUGUCUCAAGUAUACAUCCCUGGCUCCGAAGACUGCCUGUUCAUCAACGUCUACACUCCAAAUCCCACAACAACAACUCCCUACUCCGUCCUCUUCUUUAUACAUGGAGGAGGCUACAAAAGCUUUUCUGGUGACACAAGUCGCUUUGGACCUGACUUCUUGAUCGAGAAAGACGUGGUAGUCGUCACAAUAAACUACAGACUGGACUCUCUCGGCUUCCUUUGUCUCGACGACACAGUGUCUGGCAAUAUGGGUUUGAAAGACCAAGUCUUAGCUUUGCAAUGGGUUAAAAGAAAUAUCAAGUACUUUGGUGGUAAUCCUAAAAGCGUAACAAUAAUGGGUGAGAGUGCUGGCGCUGCGGCUGUUGGGUUGCAUCUCAUAUCACCGAUGAGUAAGGGUCUCUUCCAAAGAACUGUUUCGAUGAGCGGAGUCCCGACUAAUGACUACAACAUCAAUUACAAACCACAAAUGCGAGCAAAAAAACUAGCUAAAAUGCUCGGCAUGGUCUCAGAGAACACUACGGAAAUUCUAGAAUUCCUCCAAUCAGUUGCCUUUGAAAAGUUAAUCAAUGUCGACGCUCUAAUACUUGGUUCUGAAAGCAUCGCUAGAGGUAAUAUUCUUUUAUCUUACCAGUUCUUGCCAGUAGUGGAGACUGGCUGCGGUGGUGAUAGUUUCCUCUCCAUAGAUCCAUUAGAAGCAUACAAAAAUGGGGAUGUCCAUGACGUAGACAUUAUGUUUGGAUAUACAGAGUUGGAGACAGUGUUAGCGGCGCCUUCACUAGAGAAUUUUAUAAUAGGACAGUUGGAUGGUUACCCUGAAUUACUUGCUCCAAAGAGGAUUCUGCUCAAUUGUACAAUGGACAUGGUGAUGGAUAUUUCCAAUCGAAUUAAAGAACACUAUUUUGCAAAUGAGACGAUUUCUGUAUCUAACAUGAAGAGAGUUCUUAAAUACACUAGUGAUGCUUACUUUAUAGUCGACAUUGUAAGACUCUUCAGCUUUUUACCAGAUUCUAAGAAAUACCGUAAAUUUGCCUAUCAGUUUUCUAGUUAUUCAAACAGGAACUAUUAUGGGAAGUCAGGUGCAGCGUACAACGUCUUCAAAGCUGGUCAUAUGGAUGAUUUGAUGUACUUGUUCCAACCAUACGCUUACAAUAUGACCGUUGACGUCAGCAGUACUGAAUACGCGUUGAUAAAUAUGACCACAACGUUGUUCACCAACUUUAUUAAGUAUGGGAAUCCAACGCCAGAUUCUUCGUUCAACAUAAAAUGGCCUGAGUACAGGAGGAAAGAUAAGCUAUACGUGAACAUAGCCAACGACACCCUGAUCAUCGGCUCCAACCCUGCUGGAGAGUCGGUAGACUUCUACGAAUCCAUCUACCAGUUGGCAGGAAUCGACUUUUAGGGUAUGCUGUGUCCAUAUCAAUCCAUGGAGUUAUACCAUCCUAAGAGCUAUCAAAAUGGCAUGGGAACGUAAGCAAUGAAAUACUAUUAAAUGUAUACAAGUC